GGGAAAAUGCUGAUUAAGCCGAUCCAUGUUUGGCUUUCUUAUUUAAUAUUCGCACUGAACAAUAUGGUGAGUGGUCAGCUACAUAAUCCAUUAUCGCAUUAUAUCGAGGGACGUCUCGGCAACAGAAAAAUUUGGUGGUGUCCAUCAGGAUACGGAUAUUUGGCUUAUUGUCCACAACCAACCGACUGGGACAGCUACAACUGGUGUUGCACGUGGCCAUAUUUAGGCUCGUGGAAACCGUCCUGCUGUCCAUUUGCUGUCCCAACCGGUGCAUUAAUUGCUAUUAUCAUCGCUUCCAUUGUUUUAGUAGCCUUGCUCAUUUUCCUAUCCUGUUGGUGUUGCUUUUGCUGUCCACUAUAUAAACAACUAUAUGAUACCGAUGAGAAGGAUUAUGAUGCAAGGCGCUGAUAGCAGAACUAUAAGCUGCAAUUUCAAGAUAAUUACAGUGAUAUUUCAAGAUUAUUACAGUGCCUUCAUUUUCCAUCAUACCUACCACCAUAUUCGAAUUUUGCCGACCUAUUUCAUAUUUCG